AUGCUAAACACGGGGAAAGAAACAGAGGUGUUUCGUUCAGCGGUUUUGCCCGGGUUCCCGUACUGGAAGGCUAUCCGUCGCCGUUUCGGCCCGGACUCUCCUUUCUUUGCUUCCGGUAAUAUCGAACGGGAACUUCUUGCUAAACAGAUUGCCUUGGAAUUAACUGCGGAAGAGAAGCAACAGCUUUUUGUACCAGAUGAAUACAGGAAAGUCCCCUGUCCCAUUGUUGGUUGUGGAGCAUGCUUGACUUCCUUGGAGGAAUUUGAGAAUCAUUAUAAUGCACGGCAUACUGCCUCUUGUUCAGUGUGUUCUAGAGUCUACCCGACAUCUCGCUUGCUAAGCAUACAUGUUUCUGAAGUGCAUGAUUCGUUCUUUCAAGCAAAGGCUGCUCGGGGCUAUGAUGUGUAUGAAUGCCUAGUGGAAGGCUGUGGUUUAAAGUUUAAAAACUACAAGAGUAGGCAACAGCACCUCAUUGACAAGCAUAAGUUCCCCACUUCCUUUGAGUUUCUAAAGAAGGCUCGACCAUCAAAGAAACAAAGGCAGAAGAUUCAACGGAAACAAGAUCCGCAAAAGGAGAAUGAUUCAAGAACAAUGGAAGUGGAUAAUGCAACCAUGGAUGGCCUUGUGACGGCAGUCUCUAAAUUGAGUACUUCGGACUCAACUCCAUCAUCUGUCAGCUUUGGUCGCCGGCACACUCGUGGUUUGACAUUUGUCCCUAGAGCUGUUCAGCGUGAAGCCGGAUCAAACGCUGCAUCACCUAGAAGAAAGCAGUGAAAUAGCCUUCAGAUCAGCCUGCAUACUAACUCUUCUUUGUUAUUUUUCUUUUGUGACGAAUGUCGAAGCUGAUGGCGUCAAACCAGAGUUAUCAGAUAUCUGAAAAAGAAGAAUCAUUCUAAUGCCGAUAAGGGCAUACAUUAGUUCAGAUCUCCC